AUGGUCCUUGUACAGUCCUUCACAGGUGGGGCUGCUGGUCACAGGUGGGGCUGCUGGUCACAGGUGGGGCUGCUGGUCACAGAUGGGGCUGCUGGUCACAGGUGGGGCUGCUGGUCACAGUUGGGGCUGCUGGUCACAGGUGGGGCUGCUGGUCACAGGUGGGGCUGCUGGUCACAGGUGGGGCUGCUGGUCCUGGUGCCUGGUGCUGGCGUGACAGCGCUGGUGCGGGUGCUGGUGCCUCGUGCUGGCGGCUGGCGCUGGUGCUGGUGCCUGGUGCUGGCGGCUGGCGCUGGUGCUGGUGCCUGGUGCUGGCGGCUGGCGCUGUUGCUGGUGCCUGGUGCUGGCGGCUGGCGCUGGUGCUGGUGCCUGGUGCUGGCGGCUGGCGCUGGUGCUGGUGCCUGGUGCUGGCGGCUGGCGCUGGUGCUGGUGCCUGGUGCUGGCGGCUGGCGCUGGUGCUGGUGCCUGGUGCAGGCGGCUGGCGCUGGUGCUGGUGCCUGGUGCUGGCGGCUUGCGCUGGUGCUGGUGCCUGGUGCUGGCGGCUGGCGCUGGUGCUGGUGCCUGGUGCUGGCGGCUGGCGCUGGUGCUGGUGCCUGGUGCUGGGGGCUGGCGCUUGUGCUGGUGCCUGGUGCUGGCGUGACGGCGCUGGAGCUGGUGCUGGUGCUGGCGGCUAGCGCUGGUGCUGGUGCCUGGUGCUGGUGGCUGGCGCUGGUGCUAGUGCCUGGUGCUGAUGGGGCACGAUGGGUGGGACAAGCUGCAGACGGGCUACAGGCUGGGCGGGAUCUGACGGUAGGAGGCGCGCAAGCGCUGGUGCGAUCGCCGCGUUCCGCCGCCAAUCCCUUCCCCUCCUCCCUCUCCCACCCACAGCGACCGCCGCUGCACACGCGAACAGUCGCGACGGGGGGUGUGACGGGCAGGGGGCCGGGGGAAUGCGACGGGCGGAGAGAGGCGACGGGAGGGAAGAAAACAGGACGGGGGGGGAAGGGCCGCGACGACCGCCACGGACGCCGUCCCCUUCAUUCCCGAUGCCCCCCCCCCCCCUUCCCCACUCUCGCGCAAACUCGGCAGCAGGCGAGAGGAGGUGGGGGGGUGGCCGCGGCGUCCCCUCUUACUAACCCCCACAUCCCCACCCCCAAUCAACCAACCCCCUUUAACCUCACCCCCCAUUUCAACCGCCCCCUGGAACCGCACUCCCUCCCCCCCUUUCUUCCUCCAGACCCCUCCCCAUCCACGAUGGUCCCUGUACAGUCCUUCACAGGUGGGGCUGCUGGUCACAGGUGGGGCUGCUGGUCACAGGUGGGGCUGCUGGUCACACGUGGGGCUGCUGGUCACAGGUGGGGCUGCUGGUCACAGGUGGGGCUGCUGGUCACAGGAGGGGCUGCUGGUCAUAGGUGGGGCUGCUGGUCACAGGUGGGGCUGCUGGUCACAUGUGGGGCUGCCGGUCACAGGUGCUGGUGCCUUGUGCUGGCGCCUCGUGCUGGCGGCUGGCGCUGGUGCUGGUGCCUGGUGCUGGCGGCUGGCGCUGGUGCUGGUGCCCGGUGCUGGCGGCUUGCGCGGGUGCUGGUGCCUGGUGCUGGCGGCUGGCGCUGGUGCUGGUGCCUGGUGCUGGCGGCUAGCGCUGGUGCUGGUGCCUGGUGCUGGCGGCUGGCGCUGGUGCUGGUGCCUGGUGCUGGCGGCUGGCCCUGGUGCUGGUGCUUGGUGCUCGCGGCUGGCGCUGGUGCUGGUGCCUGGUGUUGGCGGCUGGCGCUGGUGCUGGUGCCUGGUGCUGGCGGCUGGCGCUGGUGCCUGGUGCUGGCGGCUGGCGCUGGUGCUGGUGCUUGGUGCUGGCGUGACGGCGCUGGAGCUGGUGCUGGUGCUGGUGCCUGGUGCUGGUGGCUGGCGCUGGUGCUGGUGCCUGGUGCUGAUGGGGCGCGAUGGGUGGGACGAGCUGCAGACGGGCUACAGGCUAGGCGGGAUCUGACGGUAGGAGGCGCGCAAGCGCUGCAUUCCGCCGCCACUCCCUUCCUUCUUUCCCUCUCCCCCCCACAGCGUUCCGCCGCCAAUCCCUUCCCCUCCUCCCUCUCCCACCCACAGCGACCGCCGCUGCACACGCGAACAGUCGUGACAGGGGGUGUGACGGGAAGGGGGCCGGGGGAAUGCGACGGGCGGAGUGAGGCGUAG